UAGUGCCAGUAUUCGGACAAGAGCAGGAGAAAUCAAUCCAGUUUGAAAUUAAUAUUUCCAUUUGAAAAAAAAACUAUUGGCCAAUCAGUUAAUAUUGUUUUUGGGUGCUUGCUGAGCUCAAAUUUCCUGAUAGGUUUCUUGACGUUACAGCAGGUACAUCUUGGAUUUUAAAAAAGUUUUGGGAGGUCCUCAUGUUUGCCAAGCUGUUGAUAUCGGCGGCCUGUUUGGAGCAUAACGCAUGGAAAUUCCGAAACCCACCCCACGCACCUCCUCCUACUUAUUCCCUGCCUAACCGGUCCCUCCACUGGCAACCACGCCACCACCACCCGCACCCACGCCCCCCGCCCCCCCCCCCCCCCCCCGCGCCCCGCAAAUUAACAUGUGAUUGAUGUCCACCUUUCGUCCCUGAGCACUCAUAUUCUCAUUUGCUUGUCCCUUGUGGUUAUUCGAAUUUCUUCCUUUCAGACGCAAUUAUCAAAAGGACAUAGACUGGUAGAGAACAAUAAUUCUCGAAACGUUGAUAAAAUAUGGAGCUGGAGGAGCCCAGCAGGUCAGACAGCAUCGGAGGAGCAGGAAAGUCGACGGUUCGGGUCCAGACCCUUCAUCGGGAUCCCGUCUGACCUUCUGUGCUCCUCCAGCUACACAUUUUAUCGACUCUGACUUCCAGCAUCUGCAGUCCUUUCUAUCUCCUAGUUGCUGAAAACCAUACUGCGAAGUCUGAACCAGGGAUGCCCACCUUGGAGAAGUUUUCCUCCUCCCUUCUCCAAACGAUUGUAGUGAAUGGUUUCGGACAUUGAAAAUAUCCCGCAGCUCACUAUCAACGAAAGUGAAAUCGGUGUGAAUCAGGAAGUGUUGAGUGUGAACAUGGCUUCCAGACAGCAGAUCCUGGGAAUGACCGAGGAGGCAAUUUGUCCCAUUUGUCUAGAUUUCUUCACUGAUCCGGUUUCGCUGCAGUGUGGACACAACUUCUGUCGCUCCUGCAUUCCCCACAGUUUGGAAAAGGAGGGUAUAAACUUCUGCCCGCAGUGUAGACAGGAGUUUCCGGAAGUAAACCUCAGUGUAAACUGGGCCUUAGUGAAUCUGUCAGAGAAAGCACAAAAGUUAAAGCUGAAACCGCAAAAGAAGGGAAGCAAACCUCUCUGUGAUGAACAUCACGAAGAACUGAAAUUGUUUUGCCAAACUGAAAAGAAAUUGGUCUGUUACACUUGCAGAGAUUCCCGGGAACACAGACAGCACAGCUUUCAGCCCAUUAAUGAAGCUGUUGAAAUCUAUGAAGAUCAACUGAAAACGUCCUUAGACCUUCUCGAAAAGCAGAAAUCGCUGACUAGGAAAGCUGAGCAGAAACAGAAACAAAAUAUUUCUGAUGUAAAGGAUCAGUCAAGCAGUCUGCAGACCUACAUCAAUUCCGAGUUCACUGAAAUGCACAACUUUCUCACUGCAAAAGAGCAGCAUUUACUCAGCGAGCUUAAAUAUCGAGAGAGAAUAAUUCUGCAGCCAAUGGAAAAAAAUCUUCGAAAAAUUGAAGAGAAUUUAAAGAUAAUACUGGAGAAGAUCGCUAAUAUUCAGCAUGAGUUGACGAAAAAUGAUGGACUGAGUAUUCUGAAGGAUGUAGCUUUCCUGCAGAAAAGGAUUAAUCACGACAGUCGUUUGUUGACAGGAAGAGAUGCCUCUCUGACUUUCGAAAAAUUCGGAGGCCCUUUGCAGUACACAACGUGGAGAGAAAUGGCCGAAGCUAUUAAACCCGCUCCAGCCUCUCUGACUCUGGAUCCGAACACAGCGAAUCCCUGGCUCAUCCUGUCUGAGGACCGGACCAGUGUGAGACUCGGAGACAAACGGCAGAAGAUUCCUGACUCCCCGGAGAGGUUUGAUCACUGGCUCUGUAUCCUGGGAUCGGAGGGAUUCACAUCAGGGAGACAUUACUGGGAGGUGGAAGUGGGGGGGAAGACCUGGUGGGGCAUAGGAGUGGUCCGAGAGUCAGCCAAUAGGAAAGGGAGAGUUGAGUUGAGACCGGAUGCGGGCUAUUGUUUUUUGUGGCUGGAACCCGACAGAGGCUAUGUUGCUCUCACCACUCCCUCUGAUACCCCUCUCAACCUGACUGGAUGUCCACGGAAGAUCGGAGUUUUCCUGGACUGUGAGCGCGGAAAGGUGUUAUUUUACAAUGCGGACAACAUGUCCCAUCUCUACACUUUCACCCAUAAUUUCACUGACAGGAUCUUUCCCAUCUUUAAUCCUGGAAAGAAUGACCGUGGGAAAUUUUCCGCACCGCUGACUAUCCGCGGGAUUAAAGGACACUGA